AUGCUACUUCUGCUCUUGCUACACCUGCUGCUGCUGCUGCUGCUGCUGCUGCUGCUGCUGCUCUACCUGCAGCAGCAGCAGCACCACCACCACCACCACCACAAUCAGCAGCAGCAGCAGCAGCAGCAGCAGCAGUUUACCAGUGAAGCAGGAGAGCACCACCACCACCACACCCACCACCACCACCACCACAACCACCACAACAAAAACAACCAGCAGCAGCAGCAGCAGCAGCAGCAGCAGCAGCAGCAGCAGCAGCAGCAACAUACCAGUGAAGCAGGAGACAAGUACAGCGAAGGUAAGCCAAGCCAGCGUCUCCCAAAGAUAGUUAGCACAGCUACACCACCACAACCACCACCACAACCACCACCAGCAGCAGCAGCAGCACCACCACCACAACAACAACCACCAGCAGCAGCAGCAGCAGCAGCAGCAGCAGCAGCAGCAGCAGCAUACCAGUGA